AUGAAGAAGCUUCUCACUUUCCGGAAAAGGACAGAUGUGUGCCACAGCCUCUCCUCAGACAUGUGCAUAGGCUUGGCCAGUACGUCCUCCAGUCUGUCUGUAGGUGCCAACUACAACCUUCCGGAUAAGCACUUAAAGCCACUUCGCAAACCUGCUUCAGUUGGGGAUUUGAAGAUGCUGACGAUGAGCCUUCAGCUCAAGAAACCUGAAGCAAACAUGCGGGGCAAAGGACACAGAACACUUUUGCAUCGGGCCUGUGCUAAUGGAAAUGAAAAUAUGGUAACUUUCUUAAUUACAAAGCAAUACAAUAUAAAUGUCCAAGACAGUGAAAACAGAACUCCAUUGAUUAAGGCAGUGCAGUGUCAAAAGGAGAACUGUGCUUCUCUUCUUCUGAACCAUGGUGCAGACAUAAAUCGGGUGGACUGUAACUGCAAUACUGCUCUUCAUUACGCUGUUUGUGGUGAAAGCAUUUCAUUAGUCAAACAUUUAAUAGAAAACAAAGCUAAUCUUGAAGCUAAAAAUAAGGAUGGGUAUACUCCACUUUUACUUGCCGUUGCUGAAAAUAAUGAAAAAAUGGUAGAAUUUCUUCUGAAGAGUGGGGCAGAUGUGAAUGCUUCAGAUAAAAAUCAAAGCACAGCCCUUAUGAUUGCUCUCAGUAUUGAACCAACGAACUUAGUAAGUCUUCUUCUUCAGCAAGAUCUGGACCUGUCUUGCAGAGAUAUUUAUGGAUUUACAGCUGAGGACUAUGCUUCGUUUAAUGGCUUCACUAUGUAUCAUCAACUAAUUGACAAUUAUGGACAGCAGAAGAAAGAACUAAAGCCUCUAAGACUUGGACAACAUCAACCUUCGUCAUCUGAUCUUUCUCUGAAGUGCUGCCUGGCCACUGGAUCCAAAUGGCCUGAACAUGUUAUCAGGCACCUCCAUUUCACAGUGCUUGGAGAGAACUUAGUGUGCUACAGCUCAGCAGCCUGUGAACAGAUGGAGGGUGUGGAAUGGGAAGCAGGCUUGCAUGGUGCCUCAGUCCCACAUAAUCUCUCACUUCUCUUAGUGCAUAAAGCUCUGGAAGAAAAGGUCUUUGAAUUUUGUGCAUCAAUGAAGUUCAGACAACUUGAUGAUUAA